AGUACGACGACGACAACAACACCCGUGCCCACAAGUACGACGACGACAACAACACCCGUGCCCACAAGUACGACCACGACAACAACACCCGUGCCCACAAGUACGACCACGACAACAACACCCGUGCCCACAAGUACGACCACGACAACAACACCUGCGCCUACGACGCCACCAAAGUCUGCACAAGCAGUGGUUAGGAUGCAGUCUAUUACUGAACUAAGCAAUGAAAAUAUCAUCAUAUAUAUAGAAGAGUUUUAUCAACGCAUUCAGGCUAUGGUUAAUGGCACCAUUAGGAUGACAGUGAAGAAGAUCGAAAAAGUGACACCUUAACCACAUGGCAACCUGAUUUGUUAAAUACUAGUCUAAAUGAAUGAGCCUUAAGUCUGAAGAAUAGAUAUUAUUAUCCCUGCUGGCACUUAACAACAUACAUUAUUUGGCCAAUAAAAUUCCAACCCAUCCACCAAGUUGUGACCAAGUGGUACAACAGUUAUUAGAUCAAACAGUGAUUCCCAAUAAUGGUACAGUAUAGUUAACAUUUCUGGCAUUUAGCAGACACCCUUAUCUACAGUGACUUUAUUUACAUUUUUAUUGGGGGGGGGGGGGGGGUAGUGUCAGGGAUAGUGAUUCCCUGGCUGGGAUUUUAAAACCCUUAGCCAAUACAUUUGAGCCCUGCAUGUUUUUGGAUGCACAAUUAGAACCUAAAGUUAGUGGAUAUCUACAUUAUUUUCAAUCUCAAGUAUUUAACACCUUAAUCAAAUGGUGCACAUGAUCAUGAGUGUACCCCAAUUCUUUCACACACAAAAAAAUAAAGAACGCUCUGCCACCCUUGCAAGAAGCAUAAACACGAAAACAAACUGUUAACAUACUUCAUUACUGAUACGAUUUAAGUACCAACUGUGUCAUGAUUUUUAUAGAUGGCUUAGGCUCCUGGUAAUAAAAAUGUUCCAAAUGAAAAAUAAAUCAAAGAACUGUAAUUUUCUGUGGAGCAGAAUGUGGGGUUAGUUAGUUUGUUUGUUAGAUUGUUUUACGUGAUUUUUAAAACUUUAUAAAAAUGUUUGUUGUAUGGUUGUAUUUUAGAAAGCUUCUCUGCGGAUGAAAUUAAAGAAAUGUGUCAAUAUACUUA